AUUUAGUUUUGUGAUUGUGUGGAAUGUACAACCACUUUCAUUUCGUUAUUUUUCGAAUUUUUGAGAGCAUAUGAUUCUGCUUUACGACCCAUAAGAUUUUCCUCGUCACGAUGGAUUGCACUGAAAUUUGACUUCAUAUCAUGUAAACCUCGUAUACUUCUCACUUGAGAGUCGAUGUAAAUCGACCCUCUGAGAUUCACAAAUCCAACCUGAACUUGGAUGAUUUCAUUUGUCGGCGGACGGACCGAUUACGAGCAGACCAGAACCAGUUUCGGUUUGACUAAAUCGGCUUUCCCGCAAAAUAACGGAUGCAGAGAAAAUCCAACCAGUGUUUCUGGUCCGUCCGGUCCGGGUAUCGGGACUAAACGAGCACGACUUCUCUUUUUUUUGUUUUACACAUUUUUUUCCUGGUUUAAAUAGCACAGAACUUCCAUUGGAAAGUGUACUUUCAGUUCUUCUCCGAACACACUGAGAGCAGAACCCAGGAACCCGAAGCAGCAGAAGACGGAGAAGAGGAACAUGGAUCGGCUCGCCAAUGCCUUUGCGAUUCUGGAGCUCGAUGUUGACGGCGACCAACCAAAGGACGGUGCCGCUGCCUCCGGUGCUUCUUCGUCUUCGUCCGCUUCCAUGCCCCAAUCCACCAAGAACCCAGGAAAUGGCAAGAAGAAGAAGGUAGAGGGUGAGAUUAAGCAAGAAAGGGUAACUCCUUCUGGAGAGUACAGAAUGCCCCUUGUCUGGAUUGAUUUGGAGAUGACUGGUCUGGAUGUUGAAGUUGAUCGAAUAAUUGAGAUUGCUUGUAUAAUUACCGAUGGAAAGAUGAUGAAAUUGAUAGAGGGUCCUGAGUUAGUUAUCCAUCAGAGUAAAGAGUGUCUGGAUCAGAUGGGAGAAUGGUGUCAGACUCAUCAUGGUGAUAGUGGCUUGACAGAGAGAGUGAUCCAUAGUACGAUUACUGAAAGAGAAGCUGAAUUGCAGGUUCUAGAAUUCGUUAAGAAACAUGUUGGUACAUAUACACCACAGAUAGCAGGAAACUCUGUCUAUAUGGAUUUGAUAUUUCUAAGGAAGUAUAUGCCAGAAUUGGCUGGCCUCUUCACUCAUGUUAUUGUUGAUGUUAGCAGUGUAAGGUCUUUAUGCUAUCGGUGGUAUCCAAGAGACCAUGAGAAAGCCCCUGCCAAGGGGAAGAAACACAGAGCACUAGACGAUAUCAGAGAAAGCAUCGAUGAGCUCAAGUACUACAAGCAGGCCAUCUUCAAAGGGAAGUCCAAGUGAUAUAGUAGGAUAAUGAUAGUGGUGUGAGUUAUUCAUAGAAUCUCAUCCUCCGUUUGGCUGAUCAAUUGUGAAGAAAGAGCUUGUACAUACAAGUCAUGUGCAGUUUUGUUCGAAGCAGGUUCUCAAUUCUCGACUAAUGCAUAGUACAAACUGCGGUUGUAAUUUGAAACCGGUUUACGUUGGUUUAGAAUUUGAACAUGUAUUCCUUGCUUCCUUUUAAGCUGUUGUACAAUUAAGUGACCCAAAUUUUGGGGAAACCACCUAUUUAUCAGAUCACUGGUGCACAGUGCAGUAAAUUGGAAAAUGGCUGGGGAAGUUUCAUGGUAGAGUAGUCCGUUUAUAAGUGGUAAGUUUCAUGCUUUUUUAUUUCUAUGAUUUAUUUAUCUUUUUGCUUUUGAUGCGAGUAGCGGGCAUAAUAAGAAUGAAUAACGACUAGAGUCAAGUCAAGAGAAUGUUUGGUUCGAGUUUGUGUUGGAUUUUCCGAUUUUGAUUCAAUUGGAUCUCAUCUAUCUUUCUCUUAAUUGAAAUAGAAAAUCCAUGAAAUCGAGAGGUGUUUGAAACUGGUCAUGAAAACAUUGUGCUGCUUGCACUUUGAACAUAACUUGUGUAUUAAAAAAACUUGUGUGUCAGCCAUUAAUAACUUGUGUGUCAUGGGCCUAUAAGAGUUAAACAUUGUGAUGCUCGCUUAAACCCAAAGUAAAUCUUUUGCACGUUUCUUUCAUCGACCAAUGUUUGGCUCGUGGCUCGGUCGGUGUUGAGUGAGCUCGGGUGAAUUGGUUGGGAUUCACGUAACACACAAAUUCGAUUGAUUUUCAAAACUUAGUAGAGUUUUUUGUUCUCACAACCUCAACAAUGAAGUUGAUUUGGAUAUGAUAACGAUGCUCGUUAUGAAUAGUUUUGGUUUAAUAGUUUUCAUGAAAAAAUACGAGGUAUUGGAGGAAAUUAAAAUAGUUCCAUGAAAUAUCCAGAAGGAAUUUUGCCGGAUAUGAAUAAAACCCGAUCUGAUUAUUUUUAUGGUUCGAGUAUAUGAAUAUCGAGGGUAAUGGGUUGGUAUGAUUUUUUACUAUCCAACCCGAAUCAACCCUAUUAUACAUAUGUGUAUGUAUUUUAUCAGGAAAUAGUUUUUAUUUUUCUCACCAUAUUUGAUAUUUUCUAUACAUAUAUAAUAUUUCAUGAAAUAUGUUCUCUUUAACUAAUUUUCUUCAUUCUUGUGAUUUAUUGUUUUAUUUUCACUUAUGUAAUGUCAAUAUAUUUAACAUGUUUGUUGAAGUCAUGAAGAAAAGUUAUGGAUACCCAAAAUCCAAAUGAGUAUGAGCAUGGUUUUAAUUUUUUAUGUGAUUCUUAUGUGGGUAUGGGUAUGGAUAAAACCCGAACUAUUUUGGAUAGAGUAAUGAAUAUGCACUAUCCGCCUCUCGACCCGAUCCGUGACCAUCCCUAUGGUUGAGGUCCAAGCAAUUGUCACGUCUUUGCAUAGAAAUUAGGUCGAUCAGGGUGAUUUUCGUCUCAGAUUUGAUAAAAGAUGCACUGAUCAUGGCUCAUGAAAAUAUUAUGCUGCUAUUUGAACAGAACAUGGGUGUCUUGGGCCGAUAUAAACUUUAGGGGUGUGC